AUGCCACGCCUACUCCUCCCUCUCACCGCUGUCCUCGGCUUGAUCGUCUCGCUAGGAAGCGUGCAGCCCCAUCCUGUACAGGAUGAUCCCCUUCAACGUCGACUGCUACCCAUCCCUCCAACCACUGACACGUACGACUACAUCGUCGUCGGAGGCGGCACGUCUGGCAUGACGCUCGCCGCGCGUCUCUCCGAAAACAAGGCUGUCACUGUUGCCGUGCUGGAGGCAGGCAUCGACUACCGCAGCUCUCCUGUCAACCAGCAGCUGGUCGACACUCCUGGCUUCGACGUCUUCGGCGUCGGCUCCAGCCCCUCUGACUUUGCCAACGGUCUGAUCGACUGGGGUUUCGUCACGGAAGGCGAGCCCGGCUAUGACAACCGCAAGGUGCGCUACGCGCGUGGAAAGUGCAUCGGCGGCAGCUCGGCACGAAACUUUAUGCUCUACCACCGCCCCCCCAAGGGCGCCCAACAGACCUGGGUCGACCUUACUGGAGAUAGCCAGUGGUCCUUCGACAACACCCUGCCUUACUACCAGAAGACCUUCACCGCCUUUGGUCCGCGCAGCGAAUUUCGCAAGGACAAUCCGCCAGCGCAGUACAACCCUGCCGCCUUCCCGGGCAGUGGGCCCGUCAGCGUCGGAUUCCCGAACUACGCACAGCCCUUCUCGGGCCCGCUGCUCAACAGUCUCAAUGAAGUCGGGGUCCCGACCACGAAUGACAUGAGCUCGGGCAACAUUUUGGGCGCGCAGUAUUCGACGCUUACGGUCGAGAAGAGCAACGGCAAGCGUGCCACUUCGCGCUCGUUCUACCAGCAGGCGCAGAACGACAAGCGUUCCAAUCUCAACGUCAUCUUCCAGGCGCUGGCAAAGAAGGUCACCUUCGACACGUCCGGCUCCAGGCCCAAGGCGGUCGCUGUUGAUUAUACGCUUCCGUUUGGAGUCAAGGGGACACUCAAGGCAAGAAAGGAGAUCAUCAUCAGCGCAGGCGCGUUCCAGUCGCCCCAGCUCCUCAUGGUCUCUGGCGUUGGUCCCGCCGAUCAGCUCAGGGCCCAGAACAUUCCUAUCGUCGUCGAGAACAGCAACGUCGGCCAGCAUAUGCAGGACCACGUCUUCUUUGGCCCCACCUACUCGGUCAACGUUGACACGCCAACCAAAGAGGCAAAUGACCCCAUCUUCCUCGCCUCCUCCAUCGCCGACUUUAACCUGAACAACCAGGGCAUCUUCACCAACAAUGUUGCCGAUCUUAUUGCAUUCGAAAAGUGGAACGGCACCUACCUGGACACCAUCCGUGCAAGCGCGCUCAAGAGCCUGCCGAGCGACUGGCCGCAGAUCGAGUACCUCAGCGGACCCGGCUUCAUCGGCGACUUUAGCAACCUUGUGGCCAACAACAUUGUCAAUGGCCUGACGUUCCAGCAGUUCGCCUCACUGCUGGUGGCUAUUGUCGCGCCGGUGUCCGAGGGGUCCGUCACGCUCAAGAGCGCCGACACACAGGACCUGCCGGCGAUCAGGCCCAACUGGCUCUCGAGCCCCGUCGAUCAGCAGGUGGCGAUCGCCGCAUUCAAGCGCACGCGCCAGGUCUUCAAUGCCAACGCCAUGAAGAGCACACGUACCAGCAGCACCGAGUCGUUCCCCGGCCUGGACGUUGCCACCGACGACCAGAUCCUCGCAAGCAUCAGGAAGAACCUCAUGACCGUCUGGCAUGCGGCGUCGACCUGCCGCAUGGCCAAGGACAAGCAGUCCGGUGUGCUGGACUCCAACUUCCGCGUCUUCGGCGUCGACGGCCUGCGCGUCGUCGAUGCGAGCGCCUUCCCGCGUCUGUUGCCCGGACACCCCCAGGCUGUCUGCUACAUGAUCGCCGAGCGCGCUGCCGACAUCAUCGCCGCUGCCAACAAGUGA